AUGCCAAGUGUGGGAUUUAACAGUGCAACUGGAACUGCAACUGUUGCCCAGCGAGCUGCAGCUGUUUCCCGAGAAAGUGUGACUGUUGCACAAGAAACUUCGACUGUUGCCCGGAGAAUUGCAGCUGUUUCCCAAGAAACUGUGACUGCCUCACAAAGACUUGCAGUUGCUUCCCAAAUAACUGUGACUGUUGUCCAAAGAGCUGCAGAUGUUGUCCAAAGAACUGCAGCUGUUUCCCGAAGAGCUGCAGCCGCUGCCCCAAGAACUGCAGCUGCUGCCCAAAGAGCUGCGAUUGCUGCCCAGGGAGCUGCGAUUGCUGCCCGAAGAACUGUAAUUGCUGCCCAAAGAGCUGCAGGUGCUGCCCAAAGAGUUGCAGCUGCAUCUGCUGCCCAAAGAGCUGCGAUUGCUGCCCAAAGAGCUGCAGCUGCAGUUGCUGCCCAAAGAGCUGCGAUUGCUGCCCAGGGAGCUGCAGCUGCUGCCCAAAGAGCUGCGAUUGCUGCCCAGGGAGCUGCAGCUGCUGCCCAAAGAGCUGCGAUUGCUGCCCAGGGAGCUGCAGCUGCUGCCCAAAGAGCCGUGAUUGCUGCCCAGGGAGCUGCAGUUGCUGCCCAAGGAGCUGCAGCUGUUUCCCAAAGAAUUGCAGUUGUUUCCGAAAGAGUUGCAGCUGUUGCCGCUCUGAAUGCGCAUGCCCUUGUUCCCACUGCUGCGAGUCCCCUUGCUGCAGACCAAACUGCAGCUGCUGUGACGAUUUCUCAUGCAAAACAUGUUGCAGCUGUCCUGAUGUUUCUUGCUGCAGGCCGCGUUGCAAUUGCUUGGAGCUUUCCUGUUUCAGGCUGUGUUGCUGCGAUCAGGGUGUUUCAUGCUUCAAACCAAAAUGCUGUAGAUGGGGAUUUCCCUGCUCCAGACUACGUUGCUGUGGCUGGGGGUUUCCUUGCACCAGACCACGCUGUGUCCUUCCAAGCCUCUCCUGCCCUGAGUACUCCUGCGGCUGUAUCUUGUCCUGCCCAAGAUGUACAGAGGAGUCUAGUUCUGUAG